AUUACUACUAUACUCUGCUCAGUAUUACAAGUCUUUUUUACAUAUAUCUUGUAUUUUACGUAUAGAUGGCCUUUAAAAUAUGUUCCAGACUCACUGCGUUAACUCUCCGACUGAAGGCUCAUCCGACCGCCGUUAGUGCGUUAAGCUCCGGCUGCGGUUUAACGGUGGAACAUGACCGACAGAACCGGCGCUUCACCGUCACUCCGGGCAGCGGGGCUGGCGACCAUGACUGUGCAGUACUGCACUACAGAUUCACCGGGGAGAAGGAGGUGGAUCUAAUGUCAACCUAUGUACCAGCAACAUUUAGGGGCCAAGGUGUUGCUGCAUUGCUGUCGCAGGCUGCCAUAGACUUCCUGGUUGAAGAAAAACUCAAGGCUCAUGUCUCCUGUUGGUAUAUAAAGAAAUACAUCGAGGACCACCCGCUACAACGUUAUAAAGAACUUGUAAUCACUUGACUGCCUGUUGUUCCAGUUUACAGCCUGGAAUACUACCUCAACUCAACCACAACCUCAUGUGCGUUACUGUACAGUAGGCUACUACAAAGGCCAAAUGGAGGAUGUAAAGUGUGCCAUACUUGAUCUUCAGCAUCCACAAGUCAUGGUUCAUAUUCCAUACUAUAGAGAUGCCUGAUUAAAGCCAUUCAUGUUUUUUAAUUCAAUUUAGGGAUUGAUCCUGAUUACUGUUUUUUUUUUUUUAAAGGUCC